CUAGCUGUGGCUUCCAGACAGGGGUCCGCGGAUUUCUGGACCGUUCUUUCGAUCCCUUUAAAGGUUCCCAUCUGCGGGAGCCCGGUGCAGACCGGCUGGGCGCUGUGCCAUGAGCCAGAGCCCCGGGUUCGUGGCCCGGAGGGGCGGGUCUCCGCUGGUAGCCCCUGGAGCCGGUGCGCGGCGCAACGAGAGCCAGGACUAUCUGCUGAUGGACGAGCUGGGAGACAACGGCUGCCCGCAGCUCCCGCUGCCACCCUAUGGCUACUACCCCAGCUUCCGGGGUAAUGAAAACAGACUGACUCACCGGCGGCAGACAGUUCUUCGUGAGAAGGGAAGAAGGUUGGCUAAUAGAGGACCAGCGUACAUGUUUAAUGAUCACUCGACAAGCCUGUCUAUUGAGGAGGAACGCUUUCUAGAUGCAGCCGAAUAUGGCAACAUCCCAGUGGUGCGGAAGAUGCUGGAGGAGUGCCUAUCCCUCAACGUCAACUGUGUGGACUACAUGGGCCAGAAUGCCCUGCAGUUGGCAGUGGCCAAUGAGCACCUGGAAAUUACAGAGCUGUUGCUCAAGAAGGAAAACUUGUCUCGCGUUGGGGACGCUUUACUCUUAGCUAUCAGUAAAGGUUAUGUGCGCAUUGUGGAGGCAAUCCUCAACCACCCAGCUUUUGCUGAAGGCAAGAGGUUAGCCACAAGCCCCAGCCAGUCUGAACUCCAGCAAGAUGACUUUUAUGCCUAUGAUGAAGAUGGGACUCGGUUCUCCCAUGAUGUGACACCAAUCAUUCUGGCUGCCCACUGCCAGGAAUAUGAAAUUGUGCACACGCUUCUGAGAAAGGGUGCUCGGAUUGAACGGCCUCAUGAUUACUUCUGCAAGUGUACAGAAUGCAGCCAGAAACAGAAGCAUGACUCAUUCAGUCAUUCCAGAUCCAGGAUUAAUGCCUACAAAGGCCUGGCAAGCCCAGCGUACCUGUCGUUGUCCAGUGAGGACCCAGUCAUGACAGCUUUAGAACUCAGCAAUGAGCUGGCCGUGCUUGCCAACAUAGAGAAAGAAUUCAAGAAUGACUAUAGGAAGCUGUCCAUGCAGUGCAAAGAUUUCGUGGUUGGUCUCCUGGAUCUCUGCAGAAACACGGAAGAAGUGGAGGCCAUCCUGAACGGGGAUGCAGAGACUCGCCAGCCUGGUGACCUCGGCCGUCCAAAUCUCAGCCGAUUAAAACUUGCCAUUAAAUAUGAAGUAAAAAAAUUUGUAGCCCAUCCCAACUGCCAGCAACAACUCCUCUCCAUCUGGUAUGAGAACCUCUCUGGGUUACGGCAGCAGACCAUGGCAGUCAAGUUUCUCGUGGUCCUCGCGGUUGCCAUUGGACUGCCCUUCCUGGCUCUCAUAUACUGGUGCGCUCCAUGCAGCAAGAUGGGGAAGAUAAUGCGUGGACCAUUCAUGAAGUUUGUAGCACACGCAGCUUCCUUCACCAUUUUCCUGGGGCUGCUUGUCAUGAAUGCAGCUGACAGAUUUGAAGGCACCAAGCUCCUCCCUAAUGAAACCAGCACAGAUAAUGCAAGACAGCUGUUCAGGAUGAAAACAUCCUGCUUCUCAUGGAUGGAGAUGCUCAUUAUAUCCUGGGUAAUAGGCAUGAUAUGGGCUGAAUGUAAAGAGAUCUGGACUCAAGGCCCUAAAGAGUACUUAUUUGAGUUAUGGAAUAUGCUCGAUUUUGGGAUGCUUGCAAUCUUUGCAGCAUCAUUCAUUGCAAGAUUUAUGGCAUUCUGGCAUGCAUCCAAAGCUCAGAGCAUCAUUGAUGCAAAUGACACUUUGAAGGACUUGACAACAGUUCCACUGGGAGACAAUGUCAAGUACUACAAUCUGGCCAGGAUAAAGUGGGACCCGUCUGAUCCCCAAAUCAUCUCUGAAGGUCUCUAUGCAAUUGCUGUGGUUUUAAGUUUCUCCAGAAUAGCUUACAUUUUACCAGCAAAUGAAAGCUUUGGACCCCUGCAGAUUUCACUUGGAAGAACAGUAAAAGAUAUCUUCAAAUUCAUGGUCAUAUUCAUCAUGGUGUUUGUAGCCUUUAUGAUUGGAAUGUUCAACCUCUACUCCUACUACAUUGGUGCAAAACAGAAUGAAGCCUUCACAACAGUUGAGGAAAGUUUUAAGACUUUGUUCUGGGCUAUAUUUGGGCUUUCUGAAGUAAAGUCGGUGGUCAUCAACUACAAUCACAAGUUCAUUGAAAACAUUGGCUAUGUUCUGUAUGGUGUCUAUAAUGUCACGAUGGUUAUUGUUUUGCUAAAUAUGUUAAUUGCGAUGAUCAACAGCUCAUUCCAAGAAAUUGAGGAUGAUGCUGACGUGGAGUGGAAGUUUGCAAGGGCCAAACUGUGGUUUUCCUACUUUGAGGAGGGAAGAACACUUCCUGUCCCCUUCAAUCUUGUGCCAAGUCCAAAGUCCUUGCUCUAUCUCCUCUUGAAAUUUAAGAAAUGGAUGUCUGAACUGGUCCAGAGUCAUAAGAAAGGCUUCCAAGAAGAUGCAGAGAUGAACAAGAGAAAUGAAGAAAAGAAAUUUGGAAUUUUGGGAAGUCAUGAAGACCUUUCAAAAUUUUCACUUGACAAAAAUCAGCUGUCACACAAACAGUCAAGUAUAAGGAGCUCAGAAGACUUCCAUUUAAAUAGCUUCAGUAGUCCUCCAAGACAAUAUCAGAAAAUCAUGAAAAGACUCAUUAAAAGAUAUGUAUUGCAGGCCCAAAUUGAUAAGGAGAGCGAUGAGGUGAAUGAAGGGGAGCUGAAGGAAAUCAAGCAGGACAUCUCAAGUCUUCGUUAUGAACUCCUUGAAGAAAAAUCUCAGAACACAGAAGACUUAGCAGAACUUGUUCGGAAACUUGGGGAGAGAUUGUCCUUACAGUCAAAAGCGGAGGAAAGCCACAGAUAGUGCAAAGCCCCUCGGAAAUGCAUAUUUAUUUCUCCUCUUGAAGCCAUAUUAUUUUCUGAUUUAUUUUUUUAAGUGGCAAUGGUAAACAGUAUGUUAAAUGAUAACUUGUAUCAUCUAGAGUCCUAGUAUCAACUUUUUGGUGAUUAAAUUGCACUGUUGAAGCUAAAGAUUACAGACUCUUAAGAAGUCUGUUCGACUCCUUGGAGCUUGUUUCCUGGUAGCUUUCUUGUGGGUGGGGAGGAGGGAAACCUUGUGCUGGCAUGAAUGUCAUGUAGUGUCUGGGAAUGGGUAUCAGACGGCAGGGACAGGUUUAUGUUGCUCUUUGUGUGGCUCUCCUGACCAUUUAGGCAUCUUCUUUCCCCUGUUGGGGACUUCCAACCCUGGAAUAAGGAAGAAAAGAAUCUAUUUAAAGAGUGUUGUAACUAGUAUUUAACUAAUUAAUAUAAUGGAUACUGCCUAUUCUAAAUGAGUUUAGAGCCCUGUGUGGUGGCAAACAUCUGUCACACCAGCACUUGGUAGGUAGAGGAAGGUUUAGAAUUCAUGGUCAGUCUUGCCUGCACAGUAAGAUUCCAUGGGCUACAUGAGACCAUGUCUAAAAUUCAAAACAAAAUAAGCUUAUUCUUGUGUUCAAUUUUCUGCCUCAUCUGUUUCAAAACAUUAUACUUAACAAUGAAAGCAUGUUAUCUCGGAUAAUGCCAGAAACACGGUCCAGUUCUCUCUCUCUGCAUGUGCACACACUCGUUAACAUGUAUGUGAAGCUGUGUGUACGCAUACACAACAUGCUUGCCUUCUUUAGUAGCCAAUGUGAACACUCAGAAGUUCUUUAUUUUGGCUUUAAAAACUGUAACCAAAAGUUACUAUUCAAUAAGAACUUUUUUUAUUACUAUAGUGUCAAAAUUCCAAACACUGUAAUUCUUUGGUUUAGUGGCAGCACAAUUCCUUGCUAUUUCUGAGGGCAUUUACAGACAAAUUGGAUACUCAGCCUCUGACAAUAAGCAGCCAUGUGGGAAUUUACAAACAUUCACUCAUUAUCCCCAAUGUAUUCUACUUUGUUCCCCAAAUAUGUAAACACAUUUUUAACUCAUUUACAUCACUAAGUGAUUGUUGUUAUACUAAUUGAUGCUGUGACCAGUAUCUUAAAUAACUACAAACAAGGAUCAUCAUCUUACCCAAACAUGCAAUCUUCAGACGAUGCCUGCCAUUAACUGCAAUGCUGCUUUGAGUCCAGCAGAAGUAUGACUUCAACUUCCCUUCAAAGUUAAAGGUGGGAAGAACAGAAAAUCUGUUCAGCACCAAGUGUGGCUGAAUCAAAGGACAAUGGUAGAACUGGCUCCGAGCAUACAGUUGAAAAUUUUUUAUUCAGUGUUUUGAUAUUUGUGAUUGUUUCUUAUUGACAAAUUAUACUGAUAAAACAGAGG